GAUGGUGAUGAUGACGAUGACGAUGAUGAUGAUGAUGAUGAUGAUGAUGACGAUGAUGAUGACGAUGAUGAUGAUGAUGAUCAUGACGACGACGACGAUGAUGAUGACGAUGAUGAUAAUUAUGGUGCUGACACCAUAACGAUGAUGAUGACGAUGAUGUUCCUGGGAGGUUUUCUACCUCUAUGAAGAAAUCCCACAGCUCAGUAACUGGUGAAUUGGCGUAUUCUUUAGGUAAGUGACAUUUCACUUAUCUCUGUCUUUCUCGAAAAGCGACGCAAUGACCCAAAAACUUGAAAGGAAGGAGUAGGGGACUGAGUGGAGCUACGCUGAUUGUUAAUCUUUUGAGUAAACUCGUAGUCUUGAGUUCGCCUCAUCCGCUCCUAAGGGUUCUCUACUUUGCCUAAAAAUACGAUAACUGCAAAGCAAAGAAACGGAACAGAAAACGCAUUCUAGAAUAAGAUUCGAUGGGAAAAAUCCAUGCAUUGGAUCGAUUUUGCUCAAUUCCAUGGCAAACUAGACGAAAUAUAAUGAUUGAAAUAUGGUAUUGAUGGGCAUCCCGCGUAUAUGACAAAAGUAAGGCCGCCUUAUGCUCUCAAAUUUUCCACGAAACUCGCGGCAAUAGCGAAAUAAAAUUGGGGCGUUGGGGAGGGGGGAUCAUUAUUUGAAAAUGAAAAAGAAAUUAUAAUGAUAAUAAUAAUAAUAAAUAUAUCUUUUCCAAUCGAUUUUUGUGCCAACAGGUCAAUGCAGGAAAAGAGUGGAAACCGGAGUGCCCUGAUACACCAUGAAGACGAACUGAGUGCAGGUGGAUGCAUACAACACCCGAAUCAAGCGAAUUUAAAAUUUAAUUUUAAACGUGGGAUAGGCUUUUUUAAUAAUUCAGUAAGGUACAGCUCAAACGUCGCAUUCAUGUAAACACGAGUUAAUGAAGUUUUAACUUUUGAGUUUGUACUUGGUGAAUGGUGUCACCAUUUCAAUUGAACCUUCACUGCCGCCUCGUUCUCUGAUAGUUAAGCCAUAAUUAUGUGAAAGGAAAAAGCUCUUUUACAAAUAGCAAGAUAUUUUCCUGUGCAUUUGUUUCAAUGUAAAGUAAAGUUUGUCAAUUCAGCUUUAUACGAGUACAGCUAGCGAAAUUCAACGGAUGUUAUUACAUAAAUGUACUUGGAACCUCUGAAAUCUUCUUAAUCAAUGCCACUGACGCUAAUGACUCACAGCUUGACAUGUAACAUAACCAACAAUAACCUUUUAAUGCAUGAAGUUUUUCAGAGGUUCUGGGUAAAUGUUUUGCGCUGAUCUUAAUUUGUCUGAAAAUCAAAUGCAGAGGCUAGGUCUAAAGAGAGUUUUUGACCCCUUUUAGAAUCCCCCCGCCCUAUUCACAUUCUAUUAGUCACUAUCUGUAUUGAAAGGAACGGUACAUAUCAUAGCUUUAAGACCUUUCCGUUGGUUCAAUAAACAUAUGCAUUGUAUAAUGUCUUGCAAGAACACAGAAAAGAUCUGUUGCGAGCAUUAAGGCGCUUUGCCGUCCUUUGCAUAUCAUUCCUCACGCAAAUUAAGAAGGAGAUAGUUAAUUUUUAAUCCGCGCUCACCACUUGAUUCGUGGAACAUGAGGGGUCAGUCUAGCUUAGCUUAUAUACGCACUUUUAUUCACCUCGAGUUUAAUUAUUUUCUCAUAUUUAUAUACAGUUGCAGGCCUUAAAACCCCAAAGGCUAAUACCAUAGCACUGGUCGGGGGUACACGGUCCCCGUUUUUCUCCAAAUUGGUUUUUCGGGGUUUACGUGUCCGGCUAUGGUGAAUUCUUAUAUUUUUGAUAUAUGUAUUCUUUAUUUAUGUAUUGUUUAUCAAUAAAGUAUACUUGGGCUUGUUGAAAUUAAAAAACGUGUCAUUGUUUCUUCUCUUGUACAUUUGAAGUGGGUGCACGACUGAUAAUUUAUGCCCGUGUCAACUGGAUCAAGUAUUAAAAUUUAUGGUGGGGUGACUAUUGGCCGGGGGAAAUUGUAACUAUUGCAAUUGUAUUGCUAUAGGUCACACUGAUCUUGCAAUAGUAUUGUGAUAAUGGAGUUUCUAUUGCUGUAGUACUGCGAUAGUUUUCAGCCUUUCCUUUUUUGUUUGUAACGAUACAAAUUUGGCCGCCAUGUUUGGUGUUUGAACGAAACUCAACAAUAUAACCCCUCUCUAACAUUAGACCCAGAGCCGUUUAAGAAUCAAGCCGCUAAAACAUUCUACAUGUAGGUGUAGUAGGACGAUAGAUUGUUUUUAGUUUUUUACCGUCAUUGAUACCUUGAGAAUCAAAGAUGGGUAUCUCUAUUUGCCAAAGAAGUUCAAAUGUUUAGAAACUAUCGAGACUAUCGAUAGUUCGCUACACUAUGGCAAUUGGUUAUAGAUGUUUCAUUUUUACUAUCGAUCCAUCGCAUUCGCAGCGUUAAUAUGGCGAUUUAUACCCUGGUCCCAGAGGUUUUUCUUGAUUUUUCUUCGCGAAAGAGAUCAAGAGCAAACCGCGAAGCGGCAACAACGAGUCGCGAAAGCGACGAGGAGAGAGAGAAAAACCUCUGGUUACCUUGGCCUCGAAUCUCACUUUCAUGCUGACGACAGGGUCAGGAUCUGACCCUCGGGCGUUGAUUGGUUGAUAGUUUUUCAAACGCGCAAACCAAUUUGAUUGGCUCGUUUAAUUGUAACUACCGAGGGGACGCUGAGGAUUUUCACACCUCAUUUUGCUCUCUCUACUAGGGAAGAAAAUUGUUUGUAUGCUGCACUCGCAAUAACAUUUGCACGGGACCAAGGCACGUAGAGGCACGCCAUGGAUGUUGUUCCUGAAAGAAUAUUCGAAGAAAUUUUGACCUCGGUACUUAAUGAGCGCUUUCCCGAGUCUCACCGAGCAACAAAAGAAAGCUUUGUUCGCUGCGUUGAGUCGAAAGGAUGUGUUCACCAUUUUAUCAACCGGACAUGGAAAGUAUAUUUUCUGUUUCAAUACUGUCAUUGCAUUAAAUAAACUAACUUGUUUAGGGCAGCAAAAUAAAAAAUCUCCGAAUACGGAAUAAAAGUUUCCUUGUAGGAAAAAAAAACAUACAACUUUGUACAAGUGCGUAAUCAUUUUCGGUGCAGCUUGAUUUUUCUGCGACGCCCAAAAAAGAUCUAACUGACGCUAUUUUUGGCAUAGACCUAUUCGGCUAACUCAAUGUUGUACCCAAUUCAAAUCUCCCGGGGAUAAGAUUCUUUGUGUAUUGCAUUUGCAUUAUAAUGUGGCAUUCACAUUUAAAUGAUAUGGAAAUUCCUGAAACAAAACGUUUUAUUCCCAAAGGGUUUGAAUUGGGUACAACAUUGAGUUAGCCGAAUAGGUCUAUUGGGCCAACAAAAACCUCUGAAAGUACAUUCCGAACCCUAAGGGUUUGUUGUGCUGCAUGACUCUUCCUAGCGUCGUUGUUCCACAAAAAAAGGAAAUGGAGCCACCAAACCAAAAUGCGAGCCAGAUUGCCAGAAUACAUAUUAAUAUUACUAUUUAUUACAAUGUAAUAAGCGCGAUUGAUAGACUCUUGCAAACUUUACAACUUCCCGCUGGCACACUGCCGACAGAACAGAUGACAAUGUUUGUGAAAAAUCCUUGUUAAUAUACCCAAAUAAAUUCUGCAAAUCCUGCAGCAUUCGUUUAAAACAAUGUCGGUUUCUUUAUAAAGUGGUCUUCUUAUUCCUGGACUCUUGUCGCCCAUCGUUAACACAUGCUUUAGCUUGACCGCAAUUAACCAAAUCACUCUUUACCAUCCAAGUGAAGAUGGUUUGUUCAUAACAUAAUUUCCCCAGGUCUACCCCCACUUAAAAAAAUAGCGGCUGAUAAGCACGUGUUUGCUAAGUUGCCAUUGGUCACUCUUUUUAUUAGCAAUUUGACGCGUUUGACAGCUGUCGUCUGCAUGAAAGUGAGAUUCGAGGCCAAGGUAACCAGAGGUUUUUCUCUCUCUCCUCGUCGCUUACGCGACUCGUUGUCGCCGCUUCGCGGCUUGCUGUUGAUCUCUUUCGCGAAGAAAAAUCAAGAAAAACCUCUGGGACCAGGGUAGGCAAUUUAUCGAUACUUCGAUGUAUUGUUACAGCCUUAGCUAGUGUGGAAGGGGUUAAAAGGUAGGAAAGGGGGAAUUUUCCUCGCGCUGUCGCGCGCCCGAAUUCCCCCUUCUCCUUCCCGUUUUAACACCUGCCACAAAGGUGAAGCUCUUGGCGGUGGAUAGAUUUUGCAUACCAUCUUGCUCCAGUUGUCACCAAGCUUUGUAACUUUCUAAAUAUUGGUCGUGCCGCGUGGGAAAUUUGAUUCAACCAAUCAGAAGCACUACCUAGAUCUGGGUAGUGACGCGUCAUCAGUAUUGAAUUUCUGCGCUCGUUUCUCAGACGUCAUUUGGCGGGGAAACCACUGUUAGCGUCGCCAAAUGUCAACAUAUGUCCAAUAUACACAAAUGUGAGACAAAUGUCGGCUGUUUUGUCAGGCUACGAUGUGGCUGAUUUCUUUAUGACGGGGUAAAGUGAACAAAUAAUAUCCCUGCUCCUUUUUUGUUUUAAAAUAAAAUUGAAAAACUCUUUUGCGCAGUUUUCACCCAAAUGACAAAAGCCAAUAUUUUUGAGACAAGUUUUAAAAUAUUGCAAAUUAGUCACUCUGAUAUAAUCUGUGCUUCGCGCAUGCGUUAUUUGGUAUAGUAAUAAUUCAUAUUCAGAGUAAGGUCAAUCGCACAGGCAGCAACCUAAGUCGUGGUUCGUGUUGUGUAAAAUGUUUCUGUGCAUGUUAGAAAUGACUUGGUGAUAGAAUGAUAUAACAAUUAUUGAACUCGGUUAUCGCAAAAUAUCGUGAUUCCUCAGUGUCUCCCAGAUCAAUUACUUGCUUCAGCCUUCCGUUUUGGCAAGUAGUUUAUCUACUCGCCACUGACAAAUCAAAAUAUUUGCUCAACAUCGUCAAAUAAAAGUUAAUUAUUUUCAGUCUGUCCCCUCGGAUUUGAUAACUUUACAAAAUUACACCGAGGCAAAAUGACAAAUUGAGAAUUCAAUAAUUGUUGUUAUUAUUAUUAUUAUUAUUAUUAUUAUUAUUAUUAUUAUUAAUGGUAACAGCGAGUGAUUAACAAAUUCGGACGACCGCGUGGCGGGAGUCCGAUUUGUUUAAUCACGAGUAUGAUUACAGACCGAAUUGGACGGCACGAAGUUCUGUUACCAAUUAAUCAUAAGUUUAACAAGUGAUAUAAUAGGUUAUUUUUUAAAUCAAAACACAAGAAAUUCGAAAUUUUGUUUUGCUAGCAGUGAAAAAAGAAAGCCAUUUAAGCGCGCGCGUGAUGGCGCGUACUGUCCAAUUACUUUAGGAAUGACGCGUACUGUCCUAUUAAACCGUCCAAUUAAGGCUGAAAUCAGGGCAGUUGAUAGCCAAUCAGAUUUAACAAUUUUGUUAUAGUUAUGAUUAUUAUUAUUAUUAUAGCAGGUGAUUAUAUGGAAACCACUGCUACCUUUAUUCUUAAUUUGUUGUCAUUCUUAGGCUAAAAUAUGUGAUCGCACACCCGGAUACUCAUUACUGCCUAGUUUAUAAUAAACUAUUGGAUAAGGUUUGUUUUAGAAUCAGUGAUAUCCGGAAAAAUCAAAAUCGACGCAACACCGAGGCUGAAAACAUUGUUUUGAAGAAAAUAAGAACAAAUUUACACACCGUUACCUCGAACAAGGUUUUGGCCUACGCAACCUAUAUAUAGAUCUGUCAUAGCCAGUAAUCUGCUAUCAGAUGACUAACAGAUAUGUAGAUUUCUCUGAUUUCCAAAAUGAAAUGUUGGCUCUUAGCCAAUGAUAUGGUGAGUACAAUGUAUAAUAAUUGACACUACAAUUUAGUCACUCAACCGGUUUGGCGCGGAGAAGCGCGGGCUCAUUUCAAGAACAGCGGCUGGUAAUCGAACCUAGCAACCGGUUCCAACUUUGAAUAACGUAAUAUUGUCCUAUAAGACUAAAAAUUAAAUGUGCCAACGAAAUAGGAAUAAAUCACAAUUUCAAUUGAGAAUCCUCUUUACUUUACGAAUGGUCUUAAAAACAAAUAAAUGUCGCGGUAUUUAGUAAAAAUCUACUCGUUGUAAUCGCCUCCAUCGGAGUCCUUAUACUUUCCCUGAGCAAUUUUAUUUUAGUUAGCGUUAUUUCUCAUUUCAAGAACAGCGGCUGGUAAUCGCCCCUAGUAACCGGUUUUUUAUUGAAAAACUGAAUAAUGAAAUAUAGCUGCUACCGGACGUUUAAUUGCUUUUGUUUGACUUUAAGAGGUGUAGAAAGCUUCAUUAGGCCAUCAGUUAUUUUGAUUAAUAUUUUCAAAACACAGUAGUGAAGCUUCGAGGGUCACAAAUAACCAAGAUCGAUCGGUGAGUUUUAUUCCAGUGACUUAUUAACAACAAAUUGCGCUUUAUUUUGCGAGAUAGUUUUGCUUCUGAUGUGAUUAAGAGUUUCUCGACAAGUUAUUGCUUACAGGUAAUUGCCAAGCCAGUGUAAAUUAAAAUUUAAAGAGUCAAUUUUAAGAGUAGAUGUAGAUUAACUAGAAUUUAUCUCAGUUUUUUCUCAUAGUCAAUGAAAAAAAAUUCUUAUUUCAAUCGGUGUUCAUUGGGGAAAAAGGCGAAAAGAUAAACUUCAGCAGGUGUAAAUUACUGAGGAGUAAGAAUACAACAUAAAUAUUUUUUUGUAAAAAAUAACCCUGUUUUUUUAGUGUAUUAGCUCGUUUCCUUCUUUUUAUAAAUAAUUAAAAAGUGUUUAGCAAAUAUAUCAUGUAUAUUUUGCACCGGAAUACGCGAUGGCUAAGUUAAUUGGACAUCAUUGUAUUUGUCUUUAAGGACUGAAUGAAUUAAACCAAGUCAAGUACAAGUCGUUUCGGUCGUUUAGAGUCCAUAACUUCAAUACAUUCUUACCUUUUCGAUCGGAACCCCUUUAACUUAUUGACUUUGAAUCAGACGGAAUAUAAGUGUUCUACAAGACUAAAAAUUAAAUAAUAUGUAAACCAAAUAGGACUAAAUCGCAAUUUCAAUUGAGAAUUCUCUUUACUUUAUGUUACGAGUGGUCUUAAAAAUAAAUAAAUUUGUCGCGAUAUUUUAGUAAAAAUCUACUCGUUGUAAUCGCCUCCAUCGGAGUCCUUGUACAGUUCCCUGAUCAAUUUUAGCUUAGUUUGCGUUAUUUCGCAGAUCUUCUUGAUGUCCCGAGUCUAUCAUUUCAAAAUAGAGGUGACCAUCUGAUUUGAUUGCAGGACGAUCAGAUAGAGGCGAUUAAUCGCCUGAUAUUGCUGAAGUCUCUAUAUAGGCUACCGUAAAAUUCCGAAAAUAAUCCCCGGGAUUUUUCAAAGGCUCUUUUUGAGGGGCUUAUCUACGGAGGGAAAUUUGCGUUUCAGACUCGAUAGGGCUAGCCUUAUAGUUGGACGUAAAUUUACCAUUUUUUCUUUGUUUUACGUUGUAUUUGAGGGCAAUUUUCCUAGUAGAAGCCCCUGGGGGUCUUAUAUUUGGAGGGGCGACUUAACGGAGGGUUUUUUGCGUUACCGGUUUGGGGGGCUUAUAUUUGGAGGGGCUUAUACAUGGAGGAGCUUAUUUUCGGAAUUUUAAGGUAACUUCAAUCAAUAAUAAUUCUCAAAGUAAAUCAGUGGUGUCGAUCGUCUUUAUCAUCCCCAUAAAUCGGCAUCUCCGUAUAUUGGUCUGAUCUUUUCGUUAAUUCAUAGUAGGAGUUGGUAUUCUUUACGGUGACUCUUAGUAAUGGCGAAGUUGAUCCAUCCUCGAAGACACUGCGAACAUUUGAAGGCCGACCUUCUGCUAGUGUGUAUAAUUCGUUUCCGGUUACGCACUUGAAGUUGGUCUGUCACGGGUGACAUUUAAAAAAAAACAGUUUUGGAAGACAGAUCGUUUAAAGAAAUCUUGUCACUAAAUGUUUGUAAAUUUAUUUAUUUAUGUAUUGUUAAGCGAACAAUUUAGUGAAGUUGUGCGCUAUCGAAAAAACAUUUAUUAUUAUUUAGUGGUGUAAUUAUUAAUUAUUAUUAUUAUGUUCAAGUUUCACAGUACGUGUGCGUGUUUGCUGCACUGGAUAGGGAAAUCCCCUAGGCGGAGUACUGCCAGUUCUCUAAGCUUAGCAGAUUAAAACAGUUUUCGUGUGAUCUAGGCGUAGGCCAGAAAAGCUGUCUUUUACAAGGUGUGGCUGCGGCACUCGGCUUCAAUAGACAGGUCUUUCAGCGCCUUAUCGAGGUUGCUCUUUGCACAUCCUAGCGAUCCAACAAUGAUUGGAAUAAUUGUUAUCAUUAUCAUUAUUAUUAAUAUUAUUAUUUUUAUUAUCAUUAUUAUUAUUAUCAUUGUCAUCAUCAUCAUCAUCAUCAUCAUCAUCAACACAUACAAGAAGAAACAACUGUUAAGUUUUAUUAAACGUGAAAAAACCCACGCAUGCAUUUUUCCCCAUCAGCUGCGCUUUUUCGUUUUUCUUUGGAAUUUCAGCUGCUACAGGAAGCAUUUUUUGAUUGGAGAGGAAAACAAAAACGUUUUUUUUUUGUUUUUAUGUAGCAUCUGAGUUGGUUUUAAAGGCUACGACAAACGUUUGAAGGUUUAAUUGAUACGAAACAAAAAUGGAACUGUACGGCAGGUUAGAAUGGUUGCAAAAUUAUUCUUAUUAGUAAAUAGAAGAAAGUCGGAGGUAUUAAAUUCGAGUGAGAGAAGCCAGACAAUUCAAAUUCAUAAAAGGCUGAGGUAGGAAAAGAAGUUAAAGAUUUUGUUUACAAUAACAGUUAUGUAAAACCUGGGUUUCAUUUGACUUUUAGCAAGAUUAGCACACUUAUGCGCGCGCCGGUUUGUAAUGGAACCAGCCGAUACAGGUACUCAUCAUUAAACUGAUAGUGCUUCGCGAAUACUGAAAAGUAAUUUCUUACUUAAGGUUAUUUUCCCCUUAUAAAGAAAUUUAAAAUCAUUUCAAAGAUUUAUGGAAAUUUAAGCGCCAAAUAUAACUUAAAUUAAACCACUGCAUUACUGCAAGAUGAAUGGACUUAGCGCCUGCAACUGUUAUCACCGAGGGAUGAUUUGUUCACAUCUUUUCUUUUUUGCCAUGCUGUUUAAAGAUAUUAUUACACACUAGAUCCUACUACUGAAAAAUUUAAAAAAGAGAGACAGAGAGAAACCUGGCAACGGAAAGCUCAGAAAAAUGUUGAAGCUCUAGGUGAGAUUCGAACUCACUACGCUCCGCGUCCUAAACACUAAACACUGAGCUACUGAAAGGUCUUUAUAACAAACCAAGUCAAAAUCGAAUUAAAAUGCUAGCUAAAUUGCGAGAAGUAGUGAAGUGUACCCUGAUAUCUAGUUUAGGCGAACACUCCAUUUGUAUUCAUUUUGGGACACAUUCACCGAGCAAACAGACACAAUAGACGAUUGCUUUUCUCAGUAAAAUUUUAAUUUUUGCCUUUUAACAUAUGCUCGUAGUUCCCUGAUCAAGAUAUCGCAAUAACGUUCCUAAACUAUUGGCAGAGUAUGGCAAUAUUAAUCUCAGAAAAUUCGAGCCCGUAUAUAGAAUAGUUUCGGAGACCGAAAUUCUCUUUAAAAACGGUUCACAAUUUUGUACUUUUUUUGUCACUCAGCAAUUUUGCAGCUUUUAUUGGCAAAAUAUUUCCUAAGAUAUUUCUUGAAUAGACCUGAAAAUUGUACAAAUUGAUCUGGUUCAGGACUACUGGACAGUUCAACUUUUGAACUAGCGAAUUUGUAUAGUAUAAGGACGCCUCUGCAUGUGGGUUAAUUCGUGUGCUAAUGAAACAAAAUGUAAGGAAAUUUAAGCAACACUUAUCAUUUUCCCCUCUCGACAUUUCCAUACUUACCUGCGUCUCUCUCAGUUAUGUAAGUUGGAUACUGUAAGUUAUAUAAGUUGAAAUUGUAAUUUCCGCUCGCUAUGUCAAGUGAACCGGAUGAGGUAUAGUUCGUCUUUAUUCGCGCCUUUUUAUGUUUCGUAUUGUGCCACAUUAUACCGGAUGGCAAGAGAAACAAAACCAAUGGCAAGGGACACAAAAUGUAAUACAAAAAUACAAAACGUGACCGAUACCCAAACGUGAGAGACCACAUGCGAUUAACGUAAAGGGAAACACCUGAUUUUGCUCUUUGGUCUUCUCCUUACUGGCUGAGCUUAAAAGUGACGUAACAUUUUUCGGCCAAUAGUAUAGAUCGUUUUCACAUGACGUCACGGCGGCCAUAUUUGUGUACAAAACAAUGAAUCGGCGGCCAUGUUUGUGUGCAAAAAAAUCCUGUGGGAAUUGAACUCUUUUCACAUGUUAAAACUUUCUUUUAUCCCAACCAAUUUGCAAAGCUGCUGAUCACGUGGCGGAAAACGAUGUAUACCUUAGAUUU